CCCGGAAACAGAAAACAGCAGGGCAGUGGCCGAAGAAGACUGUUUACCAUUUUCCUUGAUUAGCGAUUGGAAAAAUAACACAAUUAAAUGAAAAUAAACAGUGAUUAAAUGUCUUGUGCAUGACUUUUUCUAUUCACAUCCCAUUUGAGUCACCCUCACCACAAUGACAGCCAUCAAGCACGCCCUCCAGAGGGACAUCUUUACGCCCAACGAUGAGCGUCUCCUCAGCAUUGUCAACGUCUGCAAGGCGGGGAAGAAGAAGAAGAACUGCUUCCUGUGUGCCACAGUCACCACAGAGAGGCCUGUACAGGUGAGGGUGGUGAAGGUGAAGAAGUCAGACAAAGGGGAUUUCUACAAGCGACAGAUGGCCUGGGAACUGAGGGAUCUGGCUGAAGUGGAUGCAAAAGAUGCCAGCAAGGAGAACCCAGAGUUUGACCUCCAUUUUGAGAAGGUGUAUCGAUGGGUGGCCAGCAGCACAGCUGAGAAGAAUUCCUUCAUCUCCUGCAUCUGGAAGCUGAAUCAGCGUUACUUGCGGAAGAAGGUGGAGUUUGUGAAUGUCAGUUCCCAGCUGCUGGAAGAGCUUCCUAAAGCGGAAGAGUCAGUCCCCAGUGGUGAGAGCCAAAGUGUUGCCGGGGGUGACGAGGAUGCUCUGGAUGACUACCAGGAGCUGAAUGCCCGUGAGGAGCAAGACAUCGAGGGCAUGAUGGAGGUGUGCGAGUACGCCAUCUCUAAUGCUGAGGCCUUUGCUGAGAAACUCUCCAAAGAGCUACAGGUUCUGGAUGGGGCCAACAUCCACUCCAUCAUGGCAUCUGAGAAGCAGGUGAACAUCCUGAUGCAGCUGCUGGACGAGGCUUUGUCAGAGGUGGACACCAUCGAGGGCAAGAUGAGCAGCUAUGAGGAGAUGCUACAGAGCGUCAAGGAGCAAAUGGACCAGAUCUCCCAGAGCAACCGCCUCAUCCAGAUCAGCAACGCCAACAACGGCAAGCUCCUGGACGAGAUCCAGUUCCUGGUGAACUACAUGGACCUGUCGAAGGGACACAUCAGGGCCCUGCAGGAAGGAGACCUCUCCUCCUCCAAAGGCAUUGAGGCCUGUAUCAAUGCCUCUGAGGCUCUACUGCAGUGCAUGAAUGUGGCACUCAGACCAGGUCAUGAGAAACUGAUGUCUGUGAAGCAGCAGCAGCACCUGUUCACUGAGCUCAGAGAUACCUUUUCUCGGCGCCUCACCAACCACCUCAACAACGUGUUCGUCCACCAGGGCCAUGACCAAAGCUCCGUGCUCUCCCAGCACAUGGCAGAGCUGACCCUGCCUAAACACAGCCCCCUACACAGGGACCUGCUACAUUACGCCAAGCUCAUGGAGUGGCUCAAGAACACCCAGAGAGAGAAGUACGAAGGCCUGUCCAGGACUUAUGUUGAUUACAUGACCAGAUUAUAUGAACGAGAAAUCAAAGAUUUCUUUGAGGUGGCGAAGAUCAAAAUGGCGGGCACAGCCAAGGAGGGGAAGGGAAAUAAGUUUGCCACGCUUCCGCGGAAAGAGAGUGCUUUCAAACAGGAAACGGAAAGCCUGCAUGGCAGCUCCGGGAAGCUUACAGGCUCCACCUCCAGUCUGAAUAAGCUGGCAGUGCAGAGCUCCAGCAGCAGGCGCUCCCAGUCCUCCUCACUGCUGGACAUGGGCAACAUGUCUGCCUCAGACCUGGAUGUGGCCGACAGGACCAAGUUUGACAAGAUCUUUGAGCAGGUUCUUAGUGAGCUGGAGCCUCUCUGUCUAGCAGAACAAGACUUCAUCAGCAAGUUCUUCAAGCUACAGCAGCACCCCACCCUGGCUCAGGGAGAAGUGGAGGAAUCGGAUGAGGUGGUGCCCUCCAGACAGCCACCUCCAGGGGAGUACAGACACUUCAUAUCAUCGACUGAGAAGGACAUGGUGCGGUUGAUGAUGAACAAGGUCUUCCAGAGCAUUGAGACAGAACUUAACAGCCUCAUCACUCUGGGAGACAAGAUUGACACCUUCCACUCCCUGUACAUGUUGGUGAAGAUGAGUCAUCACGUGUGGACGGCAGAGAAUGUGGACCCAGCCUCCUACCUCAGCACCACCCUCGGCAACGUGCUGGUCACCGUCAAAAGGAACUUUGACAAGUGCAUUUCGGGUCAGAUCAGACAGAUGGAGGAGGUUAAGAUCUCUAAGAAGAGCAAGGUGGGCAUCCUGCCCUUUGUCGCUGGGUUUGAGGAGUUUGCUGAGCUGGCUGAAACCAUCUUCCGUAAUGCAGAGCGCAGAGGAGAUCUGGACAAGGCAUAUGUCAAACUCAUCAGAGCUGUCUUCAUGAAUGUGGAGAAAGUGGCCAAUGAGAGUCAGAAGACGCCCCGUGACGUGGUGAUGAUGGAGAACUUCCACCACAUCUUCUCCACACUGUCCCACCUUAAGAUCUCCUGCCUGGAGACAGAGAGGCGAGAGGCCAAACACAAGUACACAGACCACCUGCAGUCCUAUGUCAUCAACUCCCUGGGACAGCCCCUAGAGAAACUCAAUCACUUCUUUGAGGGAGUAGAGGCACGUGUGGCCCAGGGCGUACGUGAGGAUGAGGUGAGCUACCAGCUGGCGUUCAACAAACAGGAGCUGCGUAAAGUGAUAAAGGAGUACCCCGGCAAGGAGGUAAAGAAGGGACUGGACAACCUGUACAAGAAGGUGGACAAGCAUCUGUGUGAGGAAGAGAGCCUGUUACAGGUGGUGUGGCAUUCCAUGCAGGAUGAGUUCAUCCGUCAGUACAAGCACUUUGAAGGCUUGAUUGGCCGUUGCUACCCUGGGUCUGGAAUUACCAUGGAGUUUACCAUUGGAGACAUGUUGGAGUACUUCUCAAGCAUUGCUCAAUCACAUUAAUUGCGUGUGUGUGUGUGUGUGUGUGUGUGUGUGUGUGUGUGUGUGUGUGUGUGUACUGAACAAAAAUAUAAAUGCAACAAUUUCAAAGACUUUACUGAGUUACAGUUCAUAUUAGGAAAUCAGUCAAUUUAAAUAAAUAAAUUAGGCCCUAAUCUAUGGAUUCCAUAUGACUGGGAAUACAAAUAAUAUCUGUUGGUUAGAUACCUUUAAAAAAAUAAAAUAAAAAGUAGGGGCGUGGAUCAGAAAACCAGUCAGUAUCUGGUGUGACAACCAUGUGUCUCAUGCAGCGCGACAUACCUCCUGUGCAUAGAGUUGAUCAGGCUGUUGAUUGUGGCCUGUGGAAGGUUGUCCAACUCCUCUUCAAUUGCUGUGUGAAGUUGCUGGAACACGCUGUCGUAGACAUUGAUCCAGAGCAUCCCAAACAUGCUCAAUGGGUGACAUGUCUGGUGAGUAUGCAGGCCAUGGAAGAACUGGGACAUUUUCAGCUUCCAGGAAUUCUGUACAGAGGGGCGACAUGGGGCUGUGCAUCACGCUGAAACAUGAGGUGAUGGCGGCGGAUGAACAGCAUGACCAUGCUCCUCAGGAUCUUGUCACGAUAUCUCUGUGCAUGGAUAUUGCCAUCGAUAAAAUGCAAUUGUGUUCGUUGUACGUAGCUUAUGCCUACCCAUACCAUAACCCCAAUGCCACCAUGGGGCACUCUGUUCACGUUAACAUCAGCAAACCGCUUGUCCACGCCACUGCCAUCUGCCCGGUACAGUUGAAACUGGGAUAAAUCUGGGGAGCACACUUCUCCAGCGUGCCAAUGGCCAUCAAAGGUGAGCAUUUGCCCACUGAAGUUGGUUACGACCCUGGUGAAGACAAUGAGCAUGCAGAUGGUCACGCAGGUGAAGAAGCCGGAUGUGGAGGUCCUGGGUUGGUGUGGUUACACGUGGUCUGCGUUUGGGAAGCCAGUUGGACGUACUGCAAAAUUCUUUAAAACAAUGUUGGAGGUGGCUUAUGGUAGAGAAAUUAACAUUCAAUUUCUUGCAACAGCUCUAGUGGAGUCAGCAUGCCAUCCUGCAGUCAGCAUGCCAAUUGCACACUCCCUCAAAACUUGAGACAUCUGUGGCAUUGUGUUGCAAAACUGCAGAUUUAAAAGGAGCCUUAUUGUCCUCAAGCAUAAGGUGCACCUAUGUAAUGAGCAUGCUGUAUAAACAGCUUCUUGAUAUGCUACACCUGUCAGCUGGAUGGAUUAUCUUGGCAAAGGAGAAAUGCUCACUAACGGGGAUGUAAAACAAAUGUGUGCACUUUAGAGAAGUAAGCUUUUUCUGGGAUAUUUUAUUUCAGCUCACGAAACAUAGGAACAGGACUUUACAUGUUGCAUUUAUAAGUUUGUUCAGUAUAACAUUACACAUGCUCUUUGUUGCGUCAUAGUGCUUCACACAAAAUAAACGUUAUUUACUGGAAUCAAUCCGGCGUUGCUGUGUGUGUGUGUGUGUGUGUGUGUGUGUGUGUGUGUGUGUGUGGCCAAUAUAAAGUAGAUUGAAUGAAACUGAUUGAACUGCACUUGAAAUUGUCUGGAAGGGAAUGAAUUGAACAGUUGUCAAAAGGUAGUGUGUGUGUGUCUGUCAGGUAGCCUAGUGGCUAAGAGCAUACUUACUUUCCGCCAUAAUUUGCAAAUAAAUUCAUUAAAAAUCCUA